GCAAGAGUUGACGAAGUUCACAUAUCUGGUGAUGAAGAGAGCACUGACGCCGCCGCAUUCUCCGCAUGCAUGCAUGCAUGCGUGUGUGUGGUUUGUUGCAGGUUGGUUGCAUCGUUGGUGUGUUGAGAUCAUGGCUGCCGCUGCUGCUGCGAAGAAGGUUGGAGGGCUGCACAAGGCGAUGCAGCUGUCCCCUGCGCUGGCCAGCUUCAUGGGCAGGAAACAGGCCAGCCGAAUCGACGUCAACAAGGCCAUGUAGGCGCAUUGGCAGAGCGCUCUUGUGUGGCGCCGAUGCAUUCGUGUGUGUGUGUGUGUGUGUGUGGCGUGCUGCAGCUGGGCUCACAUCAAGCAGAACAACCUACAGAAAGAGAAAGAACUGGUGGGAUGAACAGCCGAUAUCUCUCUGUCUUGCCUGCACACGGAUUGCUGGCAUGCAAUGCGUUGCAAUGCAGAGGACCAUCCUGCCGGACGCACAGCUGAAGCCGCUUCUCAGCGACAGGGAGGAGGCAAGCCAGCCACCUACACCCACACCCACACACACACACCGACAAGCACACGUGCGACGUGCAAUGGAUUCUCAUAAUUGUGCUGCAGUUGAACAUGUUCGAGUUGCCCAGGGAGCUCAACAAGCACUUCACCAAGCUGCCAGAAGCUGACAAGUGAUGGCAAGGGGGAUGGAUGGAUAAUCGUAGCUAGCUACUCAGCCACCAACGCACCCUCCUGACGGCCGGCGGGCGGGCGUGAUAGUUAGCG